UGGCACAUGGAAUACUAGUUACACAGAUUAAAAAGGAAAAAUAAUCCUUGCAACAAGUUGUAAUAACAAAUGCCCAUACAAAUAUACAAUAAGUUUACUUCGGGGGACCAUCGUCGAGGAUGAAAGCUUAAGCAAGCUCAGCCGAGAGAGUGAGAGAAUCGGAAAUACCCCAGUAAAAGCGAAGUCAGGCGGUAUAAUGGUGUAUUGUCAUCGGCGGGGUCGAGCUCUGCGUCUCGUCCGUCGCGACGCGCCUCGUGUCUUACACAACUCUUUAUAUAAAACUGCUGCGCCAUCGACUUGUUAACAAUUUUACCACUGUGCUGAGUUGUAUUCGCACGCUCAAAAAAUAUAAAAUCAAUAUGAAGCUGGCUUGGACGCUAGGACUCUUUACACUCCUUAUCGUUGCAAACGCGCGACGUCUUCCACAAGCCAAAUAUGAAGUGUCAGAUAAAAAAUCCCUGAAUGACCAGCAACCCGCCGCCAGCGGACAUGAUAAGGGCCACGGUCAUAACUUUGACCAUAAAAAAGGAGGAGGCAAGGAGCACCACGCGCAUCAUCAUAAUGAGCAUGGCGAGCACGGGAAAAAGGGAUACAAGGGGCACCAUCACCACGAGGAGGGCAAGAAGGGCCACCACGACAAAGAGCAACAUAAAGGCGAAUACGACGACCACGGCGGCCACAAAAAGGAACAUCAUCACGAAGAUGGCCAUUACGACGAGCAUCAUAAGGGAGAAAAAGGAGAAAAGGGUCACAAAUACGAAGAAAAGGGCCACUACAACAAAGGGCAUUCCACGAAAGGACACCACGAAAUACAUAAAAUCGAUGAAUUUAAAAAGGACAAACACUUUUUCGACGAAGAAGGCGACUCAGGCCACGAAGAGAAGCACGGAGGAUUCCACGAGGAACAUGGACACAAGAAGGGCGGGCACUUCAAGAAAGGGCACCACAAAGGCGGCCAUCACGAGCACGAGCACGGCGAGAAGGGUCACCACGAGAAGGGCGGGCAUCACCACGAGCACAAGGGCCACAAGGAGGCGGCCGGCCAUGACGGGCACCACCACCAUCACCACGACCACGCCGAGAAAGGGGGUCACGAACACCACAAGAAAUGGGGUUACAAGAAAGGACACUGAUGAAUUAGAUAGAACCAAUUUAACGGCAUGUUUUAUUAAUGUUGUGGCGGAAAGGUUACCGACGAUCGAAUUGUCGGGAUAUUUUUUAUUGCGUCAAUUGUGGCUAUUUCCUAACUUAGUUUCAGUUGUUGUCACAACUUUAACUUUUUGUGUUAAGUCUGAAAAAAGUGAUAAUAAGCUACUGCGAUUAUAAUUUAUUUUGUUACGUUUAUUGUAGUUAAAUUAAUACUUAAUAAAUUAUUUUUGUAAUAUUUAAGUAUGGAGGUGCU